AUGAAGUUGACUUUCAAGGACCUCAAACAGCAGAAGUUCACAAUCGAGGCCGACCCGAGCGAGAAGAUCGGACAGGUGAAGGAGAAGAUCAGCGCAGAGAAAGGAUGGGAGCCUUCGACACAGAAGCUCAUCUACUCGGGCAAGAUUCUGCAAGAUGACAACACUAUCGAGUCGUACAAGAUCGAGGAGAAGGGAUUCAUCGUUUGCAUGACCUCCAAGCCAAAAGUCGCCCCAUCAAAACCAGCAGAGCCAUCGACACCUGCAAAGCCCGUAUCGACCCCAGCAGCACCAGCCGCUCCACAGGCCGCGCCCUCUACAAACACUUCGCAACCGCCAGCGACCCCAUCUCCUGCGCCUGCGUCGGCCGCCGCGACUUCAGAGCCCGCCAACUUCAAUGACCCGUCUGCACUUGCACUCGGCGAGCAGCGCACAGCUGCCAUCGCGGGCAUGGAGGCCAUGGGCUUCCCGCGCGAUCAGAUCGACCGGGCGAUGCGCGCUGCCUUCUUCAACCCAGAUCGUGCUGUGGAGUACCUUCUGAACGGUAUCCCAGCAAGCGCACAGCAAGAGGAGCGACCAGCAGCUGCAUCACCACGACCAGCUUCGAAUCAGGGACAACAACCUGCUGCUCCAGCAGCGCCGGCGACAGAGACUGCAGCUCCUUCCGGUGAUGAGCCGGUCAACCUCUUCGAGCAGGCCGCACAGGCAGGCAGAGGUGGCGCAGGUGCUCGCGGUGGCGCUGGCGCUGGUGCUGGUGCUGGUGCAGGUGCCGGAGGUCUUGCUGCAGCGCUCGGCGGAGGACAGGGCGGAGGUCAAGGUGGAGGACAAGGAGGUGCUGCCAACUUGGAGUUUCUAAGAAGCAACCCCCAGUUCCAGCAACUUCGUCAGGUCGUUCAGCAACAGCCACAGAUGCUCGAGCCGAUUCUUCAGCAAGUCGCGGCUGGUAACCCACAGCUCGCUCAGAUCAUCACCCAGAACCCAGAACAAUUUAUGCAGCUACUGGCGGAGGAUGGAGACGACGAUGUUGCACUUCCUCCCGGCGCCCAGCAAAUAAGUGUUACUGAGGAGGAGCGGGAGGCCAUCGAGAGACUCUGUAGACUCGGAUUUGAGCGAGACAUGGUCAUCCAGGCCUACUUCGCCUGCGAUAAGAACGAAGAGCUCGCAGCCAACUUCCUCUUCGACCAGCCUGAUGAACCUGACGAGUCGAACUAG